CUUUUCGGCACUAGUAAGGAUGAGGACAAGGGUCAGAUUUAGUGAGGGAUGGUUGUGACUAUCCAUUUUCUUUGACAAUCAGCGUGCGACUUCGUGCCUGCGACUAUCUGCCUUCUCCGAUUAAGGUGACUGUUUGAGAUUUUGACCAUUCACCUUCUCCAACUGAAAUGACACUUGUAACCAACCAUUCAUUGAACUUUGCCACUUGCAACCACCUGUAACCAUUCUCUUGAGUCCUUGCUGAGCUUCCUGAUAAGCCGAACUUGAGGUCAAGCCAAGCUUUAAGACUCGAAUUGAGUUCGAGCUCGAGCCCAUGCAGUUACUCACCGAGUCAAGUUUGAGCUUAGUGAAGCUCGGUUUGAUUCGAUUGCAGCCCUGCACGAGCACACGUAGAGCUCACGUGCCCUACCCAUGAAACAAGAUUGAUCUAGAGUGUCUCAGCCAGUCAAAAAUCAGUAAGUCGGCAAAGCGGAUUAACAGAAUGGAUUAUGGAAUUGAAGGGCAGAUCAUCAUCAUGUCUAUGAAAUCUCAAUCUCAUCACCAGCAGGAGCCCUAGCUUUUUCCCUCCAAAUGCCGCUCGCCUUCGUUCCAAUCUUCCGCCACCGCGUCUCUUCGUGGCUCCCGCUCCGCGCCGCCGCAUCUCUCCACCUCCUAUCCGCCGCCGCGCAGCACAACCCUAACAAAGUCUCCAGAAAUCCCAAACACCACCCUCACAACAACCUCCUCAACAAGGCGCGCCGCACUGCCAAGCACUUCUCCAAUCUCGCCCCGAUUCUGACUCCCAACGACAAGCCUCAGCUCUCUCAGAACCAGGCCCUCGGCAUGGUCUCCGCCGCCCAAGCCAAUUUCAUGCGCGUCAUCGUCGAUUCGGACGAGGAGGAGCGAGUCGGAGUUGAACUGUUGUGCGUGGUGAGGGCCGUGCUGAAGAAGAUCAAGCGGCGGGUUAUGGUUGGGGACAAGGUGUUGGUUGGCUCGAUUGAUUGGGUUGACCGCAGGGGAAUGAUCGAGAAUGUGUUUCAGAGGAGGAGUGAGAUCCUCGAUCCUCCCGUGGCUAAUGUUGAUCAUUUGCUUGUCUUGUUCUCCAUGGAGCAGCCCAAGGUUGAGCCCUUCUCCCUCACCAGGUUCUUGAUCGAGGCUGAGUCCACUGGAAUACCGUUCACGCUCGCUUUGAAUAAGAUAGAGCUUGUUGAUCAAGAGUCACUGGAGGCAUGGAAAAUUAGGCUCCGUAGUUGGGGUUAUGAACCCAUUUUUUGCAGUGUCGAAUCAAAAUAUGGGCUUGACGUCCUUCAGUUCACUUUGAGAGAACAGACAUCUGUAAUUGUGGGUCCGAGUGGUGUAGGGAAGUCCAGUUUGAUCAAUGCUUUGAGGAGCAAUCAGCGUGUUGUUGGUGCUGCUGAAGAGGAUAAUUGGUUUGAUUCUAUUCUUGACAGGAAAUGGUUUGAAGAUCAGCGCGUUGGAGAAGUGUCAACAAGGAGUGGCAGGGGGAAGCAUACUACUCGUAAUGUCUCUCUGCUUCCAAUAUCUGAAGGGGGCUAUCUUGCUGAUACUCCUGGGUUCAACCAGCCUAGUUUAAUGAAAGUAACGAAGCAAUCCCUUGCACAGCAUUUUCCUGAGAUUCAAAGAGUGCUCAAGGAUAGGGAACCCACAAAAUGCUCAUUCAGUGAUUGCUUGCAUCUUGGUGAACCAGGUUGCAUUGUGAAAGGUGAUUGGGAAAGGUAUCCAUACUAUUUCCAAUUGCUUGACGAAAUCAAAAUCAGAGAAGAAUUUCAGUUGAGAACUCUUGGAACUAAAAGAGAGGGAGAUGUAAGGAACAAGGUGGGAGAUAGGGGUGUCACCCAAGCUGAACCGAGGCUAGAGCCAAAGAAACACCGCAGACAAUCUCGUAAGAGACUCAACCAGUCAAUUCUUGAUGAGUUGGGCGAACUUGAUGAUGACGAUAACUUUGAAGAUGAUCCCAUAAUAAGAGCAAUUAGGCAAGAAAACCAGUAAUGAGCAUGUUGGCUGAGAUUUUGUUCACUGUAACUAGUAGUAGUAGUAGUAGUAGGUUGCUUGACUCCUUGAAGAAUAAUGAAAAUGUAUAGUUCCCUUCAAACUACAUCUUAAAGCGGUGUUUGACAAGAGCCCUGAAUAAAACUUCCACGGACGGAUAACAACUUUGUUAGAA